AUGGCAGCUACGAAAAAAGCUGCAGAGUCGACUCUCUACCAUGUUCAUCCGAAGGGUUUUUGGAAGAAAUUCCGCGACGCUGUGGUCAUUAAUCCUGAAAUCUCGAGUGGUAUUCCAUUAGCAGGAAUAUACAGAUGGCCGCAGCCUGGUUCCAGACCGGAGAAAUACGCAGCCCCGGCAACCAAAGCUUCCGACCCCGCCCAGAACCCGUACUGGAAGAGAGAUGUUCGAAGGGCAUAUCCCCAGCUUUCUGUGGUCACGCAGCCCGACCUAUCGUCACUUCUCAUUCAACACUCUGAAGCCCAGGCAAUUCCUGCACCAUCAGAAACCAAAGAAGGAGAGAAAUCGGAUGUCCCCACAAAGACCCAGGAGACCAUGGAUUUGACAGGUGCCAUUGCUGCAAUCACAUCUGUGCACAAGGUGUACGACCAGUCAAAGCUCCCCCCGAAGGUGCCCACACCCUUCAAGAAGUGGAGAGCCGAGCUCGCACCGGACGCCCCUCAUGAUCCCAAUGCUUAUUUUCCAAUGUUGCUAUACAAGUAG